UUCAAACAAUUGCAUUCGUUCGCACUUAACUCGCGCGUUAGUAAAAUGAAAUUAUUUUUAUUUAUUAAAUUAUUUACUAUAUCUACAAUAAUAUCUACGACAUUGAUAAUACAAACAAAUGGAGCAAAAAUAUUAUCAAUAUUUGGUUAUCCCGGACCAUCACAAUAUAUAAUGGCUUCAGCUUUACUAAAAGGUUUAGCUGAACGAGGUCAUGAGAUCACUUCUAUAUCAACAUUUCCCCAAAAAACUCCAGUGAAAAAUUUUCGGGAUAUAGCAGUUAUGGAAAAUUCUAAAUUAUUUGAGUCUUUAAUGUCUACUGCAGUUGGUGAGAAGAAGGAGAAAACUUUCUUUCAAGAAUUAUUUGAAUUUUCUGAAUUUGGUUACCAAAUGGUACAGAACAUAAUGGAAAACUCUCAAGUUAAAGAUAUUUUGAAAAAUGAAAAGUUCGAUUUAAUUAUAUUGGAAGCUCUCUACUGUGAUGCCUUAUAUGGUUUGGGUCAACAUUUUAAUGCUCCUAUGGUGGGUGUAUCCACUUUUGGUACUAUAAAUUUUGUUGAUGUCUUGGUAAAUAAUAUAUCACCCAUGUCCUAUAUACCACACAUGUCUUUGUCCUAUGACAAUCAUAUGAAUCUUCAAGAGCGAUUGACUAAUGUAAUCGCCAGUAUUACAGAUGAUUUUCUUCAUAAUUUUCUAAUGCUGCCUCAACAAAAGAAACUUUUCGAAAAAUAUUUUCCCUCCUCGAAGCUGACAUUCGAAGAAGCUCGUAAGAAUUUCUCUUUAGUUUUGUUAAAUCAACAUUUUACUUUGGGUUUCCACAGACCUCUGGUACCCAAUAUGAUUGAUGUAGGUGGUUUGCAUAUAAAGCAAAAACCUGAUCCUUUACCACAAGAUCUACAAGAAUUUCUAGAUAAUGCCUCAGAAGGAGCUAUAUAUUUCUCAAUGGGUUCAAAUUUAAAGAGCAAGGAUAUACCAGCUGAAACCUUAAAAGUUAUACUAGACACUUUUAGGGAAUUAAAAGUAAAGGUGCUAUGGAAAUUUGAAAAUGAGUCACUAGCCAAUAAGCCAGAUAAUGUUUUCAUAAAAUCCUGGUAUCCCCAGCCCUCAGUAUUAGCUCAUCCUAAUGUUAAACUAUUCAUAUCUCAUGGCGGCUUCUUGAGUACCACAGAAACUAUAUUUUAUGGCAAACCCAUACUAGGCAUACCCGUUUUUGGCGACCAACCUAUGAAUGUUAAAAAUGCUGUUAAAGCUGGUUAUGCUCUGUCCUUAAAGUUGGAUGAGUUAACUAAGGAGUCCUUUAAAUCCACCAUUGUAGAACUUUUAACAAAUGAUCGUUACACUAAGAGGGUCCAGCAGUUAUCGAGACGUUAUAGAGAUCAGCCUCAAACUCCCCUGGAAACGGGCAUUUAUUGGAUUGAAUAUGUUUUAAGGCAUGAUGGUGCUCCUCAUUUAAGGAAUGCUGGAAUGGACUUAAAUUAUUUGCAGCAAUAUAAUAUUGAUGUGUUUGCUAUAUUAGGUGUAGUUUUCCUUGUGAUUAUUAUAGUUUUUGUAAUUUUUGUACGUUUAUUGUUUAAGUGUCUCUGUGGCAGUGGUAAAUUAAAGAAAACUACUGGCACAAAUAAAGUGAAACGUAAUUAAUAAACUAGAUUAUAAAUGAUGAGAUUGAUUUUUAAAAUUUGCUGAUAUAUGUAAUUAAAAUAAAAACAUUGUGUAAUUUGAAAUUUUGUUAAAA